CACACACACACACACACACACACACACACACACACACACACACACACACACACACACACACACUGGGCGACCGCGAACAAGCCAGCGAAACUUAGGUGCCACACGCAACACGCAUUCUGAGCACACACACACACACUCUCACACACACUCCAGGAGACAAGAACAAGCCAAAGAAACUUAGGUGUCACGCUCAAGUACACACUCAGCACACACACGCACCAGGAGACCACGAACAAGCCAGCGAAACUUAGUUGCAACAUACACAACACACUCGCACACACACUGAGCACACGCACACGCAGAGACACUCUGGGGAACAGCGAACUAGCCAGCGAAACUUAGGUGCACAUACACAACACCACACUCACGCGCACGUUCACACUCCCUUCCCCCACCCGCGGCAUCGCUGGCCACAGGCUGCAGGACAACGAUCCAUCGAUCGAACCCACGAGACCGUUCCUCCCCGCCGGGGUCCCUCGCGCGGGGCCCGGCCCAAUCCCGUGGAAGGAACAGAAGCUGGGGGUCGUGGUUCUUCACCAGAUCCGAAACUCCUGAAUUGGCUACCGAAGUCAAAUGAAAUGCAGCUAAGUGAUGGAGCAGCUAUUCCAGAAUGCCCCCUCUGCUAAAAAUUAAAUAAAAUAAUUCCAUUACACCUCAUAGAACAGACAGGGGGUGGAAAAUUACGGUUUUUGCAAAAGUAAACUACAAAAUUACUAUAUUUACAAAAGUCUCCUGGAAAAACAUUUCAUGUUACUAAGUUACUGAAGGAAUAACUUCUUUUUGACCUAUUGCAACUGUGAAGAGAAUAACUGCUACAUUAAAACAGGACUUAUAUAUGUUAGAUUAUUUUUCUAGCAAAUUGUUAUUUCAUAGAAAUCAUGAUAUGAUCAUUAGAGAGAGAAAAACCCCCAACAACUGAAGUCCAUGUGUGUCAAGAUGACCUCUGAAGAAAUGGUAGCUUCUGUUCUUGUUCCUGUGACACAGAAGAAAGUGAUAGCUGCUCACUCAGCUACAGAUGAAAGUGGUGAAAAUGCCUCAGACACCAGUGUUAUAAAAAGACGUACUAAUAAACCAAACAAAGAAAUUCCUCAUACUCUCUCAUGCUUGAACAUAUUUAGAGAAGAACGUAUUGAAAGUCCAUUGCCCAAGAUUUUCUCAGUCUCAAGUAAAGACGCAAUGAAUGAUACGAAUAGCCGUGAAAACUUUGGGGAGAGAAGUGUGCCAGAUUCAGUGGAGUAUAUUAACGUUAACUGUAACAACAUGCAUAAGAACUGUCAGAGUUCACAUAGCCAGUUGUCUAAGUCAUGUGAAUCUGUAUCAGAAGAAAACCUGUGUUUGGAUACUGGAAUUUCAUCUUCACUGGAAAGAAACAUGUUUGCUGGAAUUAAACUGGAAGUAGAUGAACCUCCAGGAGAAACAAAUCCUAUUAGAAGUCAAUCAGCAAUUAUUCAAACUAGCAGAGGUCAUACUGAUAACAUGGCUAUAUUUCAUUUUCAUUAUGCAGUUGAGAGAAAUGUAUCAAAGACUUUUUGUACCAUAUCUGAUGGCUUAAUUUUAGAUGAUUGUGGCAACUGUGUACAACUACCAGAUAUUGGAAAUGAUCAAAAGGGCGAUUACUCAGCAUAUACUUGUAGUUUAAUGGAACUGGCAAAUGACUGUGACAAAAAGAAUGGACUGAAGAGAUAUGAUAACUAUGAUACCUUAAGUGAUAAAUAUUUAUGCUUAGAAAGAUCUUGCCAGAAGGUUAAAAUGGUAUGUUCAAAUAAAAGCUGCUGUGGUGAUAAUUUUCCUGGAAGAAUGCCCACCAAGCCCUUUUUGAGUCAUUUGGAAGAUUGUACUGAUCAUUUUGAAGAAGACAUGGAGGAGGAUUUUUUUAAAAACAAAAGGGAGCGGUCCACUUUGUUAAUUAGAAGAUUUUGCAAAAAUGAUAAGGAAGUUAAGAAAUCUGUUUAUACUGGAACCAGAGCAAUUAUGAGAACCCUGCCUUCUGGGCACAUAGGGCCUGGAGCUUGGAGUUAUAUUGAACAGAAAAGAAAUCAUGAAAUUAAGAACUUUAACAGUUCAGCAGAGCAUAUAGCAAGAGUACAGAUUAGGCAAGAUGUGAAUGUCUGUCUUAGAAAAUCCCAUUGGUAUUUGAUCAACAACACAGUGAGAAGGGGAGAAGAAACAGAAGGCACUCUUGGAUCGUUUCUCCAUUUCUUCGGGAAGGCUCUAGCCUUAGACACAAUCCAUGGACAUAUUAAUAUUGGCCCACGCUUGAAACAAUGUGUUCGAGACACUUCAUGUGAAUACCGAGCCACUUUUCAAAGGACUUCAAUUUCUCAGUACAUCACAGGUUCUUUAUUAGAGGCAACUACAUCUUUGGGUGCAAGAAGUGGCCUUUUAAAUACUUUUGGAGGAUCAGUAGGAAGAAUAAUGUUGAAAGAACGUCAACAAUGUACCUCCGUGGCCAGUUCAACCAGCCUCCCUUCAAAUGUAGCUGGUCUAAGUAAUGAGCUCGUAGAACUUCAACACCUCAUUCAGUUCCCAGAGGAAGUUGCUUGUAUUCUGACUGAACAGGAGCAGAGUAUCUACCGACAAGUGUUGCCUGUCGACUACCUUUGCUUCUUAACCAGGGACUUGGGAAAUGCUGAAUGCCAGAGUAAACUUCCAUGGCUCAAGGCUACAGUGUCUGCAUCUAUCCUUACCUCCCAGAACAGUGAGCACAAUGCUCUGGAAAAUCUUGUAACAAGAUUUAAUGAGGUGAGUUCUUGGGUGACAUGGCUGAUACUCACAGCAGGCACCAUGGAAGAAAAACGGGAAGUCUUCUCAUAUUUAGUACAUAUUGCAAAAUGCUGCUGGAAUAUGGGCAACUACAAUGCUGUUAUGGAAUUCCUGGCCGGCCUCAGGUCAAGGAAAGUUUUAAAGAUGUGGCAGUUUAUGGACCAGUCUGACAUUGAAACCAUGAGAAGCCUGAAGGAUGCAAUGGCCCAACAUGAAUCUUCCUCUGAAUACAGGAAAGUGGUGAACCGGGCUCUGAAUAUCCCUGGCUGUAAAGUGGUUCCUUUUUGUGGCGUCUUUUUAAAGGAGCUUUGUGAAAUUCUAGAUGGAACAUCUGGAUUUAUGAAACUUUGCCCACGAUAUAACUCACAGGAUGAAACUUUAGAGUUUGUAGCUGAUUACAACGGACAAGAUAAUUUCUUACAACGAGUAGGGCAAAAUGGCUUAAACAACCCAGAGAAGGAAUCUACUGUUAACAGUAUUUUUCAAAUUAUCCGAAGCUGCAAUCGCAGUCUGGAACCUGAAGAAGAAGACAGCUUCAGUGAAGGCGACAAUUCAAGGAAAAACUCCUUAAAGGACAAAACUCGAUUGCAGUUUAUAAUUGGAGAGCUAUCUGAUUCAGAAAGUGAUAUUUUUGAGCAGGCAAAAGAAUGGGAUUUCCACGGAACAGAAGAAGAGCAGAAAGCAUUCAACCAUGGAACAGAACUCAUUCCUUGGUAUGUGUUGUCCAUUAGAGCUGAUGUCCAUCAGUUCAUACUCCAGGGAGCCACCGUCAUUCACUAUGACCAGGAUACGCAUCUAUCAGCACGCUGUUUUCUUCGGCUUCAGCCUGAUAAUAGUACUUUGACCUGGAUAAAACCUACAACUGCCUCGCUAGCCAAUACUAAAGCCAAGUUAGGCAUCACAGGAAACCUAGCUGAACCUGGCAAACUUCAGUCACUUGGCAAUACUGGAUUAAAUGGUUUGGUGGAAGGUUUCUUGGAUUUGUUUUCAGCCAAGGCUGUGUACAUGGGACAUCCUGGCAUCGAUAUGCACACUGUGUGUGUUCAGAACAAACUCAGUAACAUGUCCCUCUUAGAGAAUAGUGUGACACUGCUUUAUGGGCUUCAGACUACUGAUAAUAGAUUAUUACACUUUGUGGCACCAAAGCACACUGCUAAAAUGGUAUAUGAUGGAUUAUUAGAAUUAACCAAAGCUGUAAGAAAAAUGAGGAAAUUUCCCGACCAGCGACAACAGUGGCUAAGGAAGCAAUAUGUCAGUCUCUAUCAGGAGGAUGGAAGGUUUGAAGGUCCAACUUUGGCUCAUGCUGUUGAACUGUUUGGUGGCAGACGUUGGACUACACGAAAUACAAGCCCAGUAACACUGUCUAAAAGUGUGGAGAAACCUAUUGUCCAGAGGAACAACACCCUUGGGAUAAGUGCAAAUAAGAAAAAGAAAAAAAUCCUUAUGAGGGGUGAAAGUGGAGAGGCUACUGAUGAUGAGAUGGCCACACGAAAGGCAAAAAUGUAUAAGGAGUGCCGUGGCCGCAGUGGCUCAGAUCCUCAAGACCUUAAUGAGCAAAAAGAAUCAGAUCAGAAUGUUAUCAUUAGUCCUUCUAAUAAUCUGCCCUCCAGAAGAGCCCACUCUUUGACUACAGCUGGAUCUCCUAACUUAGCUGCUGGAGCACCUUCACCAGUCAGACCACUCUCCUCACCUGUAUUGUCACCUUCAAGCAAGAGUCAGCCUAAUACGUGGAGCAGCAGUAGUUGGCAUGGCCAAGUCAAAGGUGGACUGAAGGGAUUUCAGAAUUUCAUGGUUUCGGAUAGUAACAUGAGUUUUGUUGAAUUUGUAGAGCUGUUCAAGUCAUUCAGUGUCCGAAGUCGAAAGGACCUCAAGGAUCUGUUUGACGUCUACGCUGUGCCCUGCAGUCGAUUGGGCUCUGAGUCUGUCCCACUCUAUACGAACCUGAGAAUUGAUGAAAAUACCAGUGGCCUUCAGCCUGAUUUAGAUUUGUUAACCAGGAACGUGUCUGAUUUGGGCCUGUUCAUUAAGAAUAGGCAACAGUUAUCAGACAACCAGAGGCAGAUAUCUGAUGCCAUUGCUGCUGCUAGUAUUGUGACUAAUGGUUCUGGAAUAGAAAGCACCACACUCGGUGUUUGUGGGGUUGGCAUACUGCAGCUCAAUGACUUUUUAGUGAAUUGCCAAGGAGAACACUACACUUAUGAUGAGAUCCUCAGCAUUAUUCAGAAAUUUGAGCCUAGUGUGAGUAUGUGUCAGCAGGGUCUAAUGUCGUUUGAAGGAUUUUCCAGGUUUCUGAUGGAUAAAGAUAAUUUUGCUUCACAAAAUGAUGAAUCACUAGAGAAUGUUAAAGAAUUGCAGUUACCACUCUCCUAUUAUUACAUUGAAUCUUCGCACAACACAUACCUCACAGGACAUCAGCUUAAAGGAGAGUCCUCAGUGGAGCUAUAUAGCCAGGUCCUCUUGCAGGGCUGUCGGAGUGUGGAAUUAGACUGUUGGGAUGGUGAUGAUGGGAUGCCAAUUAUUUAUCACGGACACACACUCACUACCAAGAUUCCCUUCAAGGAAGUAAUUGAAGCCAUUGAUCGCAGCGCCUUCAUCAACUCUGACCUGCCUAUCAUAAUAUCUAUAGAAAAUCACUGUUCAUUGCCUCAGCAACGAAAAAUGGCAGAAAUUUUCAAGAAUGUAUUUGGAGAAAAACUAGUUGCCAAGUUUUUGUUUGAGAGUGAUUUCUCUGAUGAUCCGAUGCUUCCUUCACCUGACCAACUUAGGAGAAAAGUGCUUCUUAAAAACAAAAAGCUGAAAGCUCAUCAGACUCCAGUGGAUAUAUUAAAGCAAAAGGCUCAUCAGUUGGCAUCGAUGCAAACACAGACUAGUAAUGGUGGUAGUGUCAAUCCUACUCCUGCUAAUAAUGACGAAGAGGACGAUGAGGAGGAUGAAUAUGAUUAUGACUAUGAAUCUCUUUCUGAUGACAACAUCCUGGAAGACCGACCUGAAAGUAAGUCAACAAGUGACAAACUACAGUUUGAGUACAACGAAGAAAUUCCCAAGAGGAUAAAGAAAACAGACAACUCUAUUUGCAACAAGGGAAAGGUUUAUGACAUGGAACUGGGUGAAGAAUUUUAUCUUCCACAGAAUAAAAAAGAGAGUAGACAGAUAGCCCCAGAGCUUUCUGACCUUGUCAUCUACUGCCAAGCUGUAAAAUUUCCAGGAUUGUCGACUUUAAACCCAUCUGGCUCUAGCAGAGGAAAAGAAAGGAAAAGCAGGAAGUCCAUUUUUGGCAACAAUCCGGGCAGAUUAAGCCCUGGGGAGACAGCAGCAUAUACCAAAACAUCUGGAAAAAGUUCCUUUGAUGGCACGCGGCAGACCUGGGAAGAGGUUUGUUCUCUCAGCACAGCCCCGUCACUCAGCGCUAUCAUUAGGACGCCAAAAUGCUACCACAUCUCGUCCCUGAAUGAGAAUGCUGCCAAGCGACUGUGCCGCCGGUAUUCCCAGAAACUGAUAGAGCACACCGCCUGCCAGCUGCUGAGAACAUACCCUGCUGCCACACGCAUCGACUCUUCCAACCCCAACCCCCUCUUGUUCUGGCUGCAUGGGAUACAGCUGGUCGCACUCAACUACCAAACAGACGAUCUCUCCUUACACUUAAAUGCAGCAAUGUUUGAAGCGAAUGGUGGCUGUGGUUAUGUUUUGAAGCCCCCUGUCUUAUGGGACAAGAGCUGUGCUAUGUAUCAGCAGUUUUCUCCGUUGGAAAGAGAUAUGGAAAACAUGGAGCCUGCUCUCUAUUCUUUAACUAUUGUCUCUGGUCAGAAUGUGUGUCCUAGUAACAGCACAGGAAGUCCGUGUAUUGAAAUUGAUGUCCUGGGAAUGCCACUGGAUAGCUGCCAUUUCCGCACUAAACCCAUUCAUCGAAAUACUCUUAACCCCAUGUGGAAUGAACAGUUUCUGUUCCGAGUUCAUUUUGAAGAUCUUGUAUUUCUUCGUUUUGCCGUUGUUGAAAACAACAGUUCAGCUGUAACUGCCCAAAGAAUCAUUCCACUAAAGGCUUUAAAAAGAGGAUAUCGUCAUCUUCAGCUGAGAAAUCUACAUAACGAAGUCUUAGAAAUCUCUAGCUUGUUCAUAAACAGCAGGAGGAUGGAAGAAAAUUCCAGUGGCACCACAGUAGUGGCAGCAGCAAUGUUCAGCACAGAAGAAAGAAAAGGUCUGGUGACAUACAAGGUCACAGUACAUGGGAUUCCAGGUCCAGAGCCUUUUACCACUUUCAUUAUAAAUAAAGAGACUAAAGCAAAGCAGCUUCUUCACCAAAUUUUGACUACUUCACAAGGUUCCAUACCAAUCACCACAGACUGCUUUUUGAUUGAAGAAAAAUAUUUUAUAUCUAAAGAAAAAAAUGACUUCAGGAAACAGCCAUUCCAGAGAAUAAUCAGUCCAGAAGAAGAGAUUGUGCAGAUUUUGAACAGCUGGUUCCCAGAAGAAGGUUAUGUUGGAAGGAUUAUUUUUAAAGUCCAGGAGGAACAGCCAGAGGAGAAGAGUGUCUUCCAGGAAGAGAAGGAGGUGACCUUGAGCUCAGAAGAUGAAAGCUUCUUUGUACAAGUCCAUGAUGUCUCCCCAGAGCAACCCCGCACAGUCAUCAAAGCUCCCCGGGUCAGCACUGCCCAGGAGGUCAUCCAGCAGACUUUGUGCAAAGCAAAAUAUUCUUAUAGUAUUUUGAGCAAUCCCAACCCGAGUGACUACGUGCUUCUGGAGGAGGUGCUAAAGGAACCUGCUAACAAGAAAUCUUCUACACCCAAGUCUUCUCAGAGGGUUCUCGGAGACCAGGAGUGUGUGUUCCAGGCUCAAAGCAAGUGGAAGGGAGCAGGAAAAUUUAUUCUUAAGCUAAAGGAACAGGUUCAGGCAGCUCGUGAUGAUAAAAGAAAAGGCAUUUCCUUUGCUAAUGAAAUUAAGAAAUUUACGAAGUCUAGUAAGCAGUACCGAGGAUUCACAUCACCCUCUCAGCUUUCAGUAGCAGAAAGUGUCCAGGUAAAGGAAGAAAAACCUGUGAGCAGCUUCCCUUCUAAUGAUGUGACAGACCAUCACCCAUGAGCACCUUCAGUUUGUUCCAUCCAGGUGCGGUGCCCUGCUUACGUGGAAAAAACGAAAUCAAGAAGCAGACAGCUGGAAGUACAUGGGCAGUUUCGGGAUGUAGACUUCCUCCUAGAGACAGCAUUAGGUUCUUGCUGCCUGGUCCCCCUCCGUCUUCCUGAGGAUGGCAUGUGCAGGUCAGCAGGACGUCUGCCCCUGUGCCACAGGUUACAAUCAUCGGAGAAAGGACCACACUCCUACACUUUCCUUGACACAGAGAAGUGGAUUUAGAGUAUACCGAUGUCUGUCAUGUACAUUGUUUGACUAUGUGGCAUUGCUAGGCAUUGUAAAUGUGAACACAGCUUUUAGAAUGAGAGACUUGUACAGAGUAGCCUUUGCGGGAGGCCGGAUUCAGAGGUUCGAGGCUGCUGCAGUGAGCCUGGCUUCCCUGCACGUUGCACUCUUGGUCUUGGUUGAAGUUCCUUCUCUGUGUCAGAGGGAGUGACAAAUACAUCUGAGUACAUUUCACUGAAUGUCUCACUGUUCCAUUCCCUUUCUUUCUAGUUUAUUCUCACAAUAUCUUAGAUGGUGUAUAACACUAAUUAAUUUAACAUAUCUACUGACCUCUUGACAAAAGGAACUUAAUUUUUAGCAAAAAUUAGUUUUUCAACUGUGUUUAAAGUAAAAUUAUUUAUUUUAUUGACUCAAUGUAUGUACUGACACUGUAAUGAUAUAUUUAUUAUUCAUAGGCUUUUGUAUCUCCUUCAUAUUAGAAGAUUAUUAUUUAGGGAUUCUGUUAGAAAAUUUCCUAAUAAGAAAAACCAUAUUCUGAACAUUUGAAAUUUGCCAAAAUAACACAAAAAAUGUUUCGAUACCACUUCUGAAAACAUAGCAAACAUUUAUCCAUGACAUAGUUUAAAGUUAAGUAUAAAUUUUGAAACUUUUGCUAUAGAACAUCAGCAACCGAUACAUUUUUUUCUGAAUCCAAGAAGAGAAAAAUCAAGGCAUAGCUUGACCUUAGUACAUGCUGUCAAGCAGAAAUUUGUAUAAUUUUGCUUUUCUUAUUGAUUCCAUUCUAAUUUAAAAGAAAUGUCCCCACAGGAAAAAAAGGCAACAACGUAGAUCAUUAAAAUGAUGCUUAAGAAUCCCAAUCUUCUCAUCAGAGUGCUCUGCAUUUGUUGGUCCUCAGUGUAGUCCCUAGGCACUUACCUCUCCUACAUAAUCCUUACAAGAGAUUAGGACAGCAGAUGUCGGUACCUGUGUCCUCUGCACAUUCAUUCAAAGAGUAACUUAUCAAAAUGUCUCGGUCACAGCUGAAUUCCCUCUUGUACGUCAUCCACCCUGACUCCAUGAACUAUGAGGACUUAAUCAGCCAAAACAAAUUCUGUCCGUCUGGAGAAGACAACAGCACCUCCUAUUUACACAGUGCUCUUCUCAUAAUCCUAUCAGAAGUGACAGAUCUAUUAUCUUUAUUUUUAGGCAGAGGAAACCAUGACUCAGAUGAGGAGGACAGUCCCACCAGGCCCAGCUACUUCCCUUUUUAGCUGGGGGGGGGGGAGAAGGAGAAAGAGUUUUUCCAGGUUUCUGUUUUAGAAGUAAAAUUAUUUAUUGACCCAAGGUACAUGGUGAUACUGUAGUAAUAACAUUUAUUACAUAUGGCUUAAUUUGGCUCCAUUUGGGGACAGAACCAACUACAGCAGUUCAAUGGUACAAUAUAUAUAUAUAUAUAUAUAUAUAUAUAUAUAUAUAUAUAUAUACAUAUACAUUCACAUAUACUAGUCACAUCAGAUGCUAACUUCGUAACAGAAAGGGAUACUACCUAUUCCUUAAAACACAUCCCUCAUCAAAGAACUCUAUCAAACUUCAUUAAGUAGUAACUAAAGCUUUUAGUUCAAUUCCAGUCAUUGUUUAUUAAUAUCUGUAGGGGGUUCAUUAUCUUGUCUGAUGUGUGGUGUUCACUAUACACAGUACCCCUAUAGUUUCCUAAUAGUUUUGUGGUUUGGGUUUUUUGUUUUGGGGAGCGGGGGUCACUAAGGAAAUGUGUACAUCUAAGUUAAUCUAUCUAGAUUCUUAAAUUGACUAAAUGUAAAAGCAAAAUUGUACUAAGUAUUUGAAAAGUAAAGUCAGUUGCUAUCCUUUUUCCAUUUAAUGAUGUUAUACUUAGAGUCUAUGUACUAGUUGAAGAAUAGGGCCUCUAAUGUUUGUUGUAAGUUACUUAAAAAUGUCACACUGUAAAUCAAGAUGUUUUUUCUUCCUGUGGAUGGUGCCGGAACUUGAGUGGGUCUGUUUUUCAUCCUAAUAGGAAUUUGGGUCACAGGCCUACGUGAGGUGUGAGCAAAUGAGAAGAAAGUGAACAUAAAGCCAAGUGCAUCAAAAGACUCUUAAGAAAAUCACCAAAAAGCCAUAACCACAUGCAAAACAACGAAGGCCAAAUCUGAAUAAGGCCUUAGUUUCAAGGAUCAUGUACAAAAGUCCAUAAAGAAAAAUGUCUGUGUAUACAUCCUCUCGAGGCUAGUUCUGCUUUUCAAACGACAAAUGGUCAGGAAGCACAAGAGAGCCUUUUAUGGAAUCAAAGCCUCUCUGGAGGCUCCUCAUUAAACUGUAGACCACAAGUAGUACAUCUGUAGCACUGGGGACACUACCUGACUCCUCCUAUUUUCCAUGAUUUGUGCUUAAAAGAAAGUUUUCCCCAAAUGAUUUAAUCAUACUUUUUUUAAAAAGUUAAAUAUUUUAACAAAAUUCUUAAACUUCUUGUGCUAAUUUAUGAAAAGGAAGUCACUGACAGUCAUUUGCCAGGAACUUUCCUUGAAGUUUGUGGCUGACUAGCACCACCCCCUUCCCCUUCCAAUUUUUGAACUUCAACAAUGAAAUGGUCCUUGAGGAGCAAACACUCUGUACCCACCCCCCAAAAAAAGGCCAGAGAAUAUUUUUUUCUUACAAAAAUCCAAAGUUUAAUUCAUUCAUCAGGUGUGUCACUGGUCCAAGAACAUUAAGAACAUUAACACUACAAAUAAGCACCCUAGGAUGAAGGAACUGUACGUUUCCCCUCAAAUUACUCAUCAGAAAUGAAAAUGGUAUAUAGUACUCCAUUUCAAUACUUCUCUUUUUAGUGUAUUACUGAUAGUUCCAGGAUACCUUUAUUUCAAGAUAAUUCUUACCUGAUGGCACAAGACUUUAACAAGGUUAUAUUAGGGCAGUUCAAAUGCAAUGCCAGGUCAGCUUUUAAUUUCCAUGUUGGAAAACAGUAGGAUUUAUAUGAUCAGUCCUCUACCCCAGGCCAGCAUCUUCUUGAGCUGUUGACUGUGCCCCCACCCCAUCCAAUCCUACACCCAUCCUUCAAGGCUGACCUCCUCUAUAAAGCCUCUCCCAACAACUUAAGGCUACAAUAAUUUCUCACCUGAAGUGAUUCAACUUCACAAACAAUUCAGUACCCUCUAUAUAUGUGAAAGGACACAGUCUCUGGCCUCAAAAGGGUUUACAUCCUACUAGAAGAUAAAUAUAUCACUAGGUCUUGUUCAUACUUCUCACUUUUACUUAAGAGUAAUGCUUUACAUCAUUAUCUGGUUCACAUCAAGGUGUUUUCAUCCCAACAAUAUUUUAGGCUUCUUAAGGGGCCAGAUCUUACAAUUGUGUCUCUUUCCCCUUGUACUAGGCACUGGCCUAUGCUCAUAACAGGUGCUCAAUCCUUAUUGAACAGAACAAUUAAGGUGGUUUCAGAACACAGCCUCUCUACACUUAAAUAUGUUAAUAGUUAUCACCUAUCAUUUUGCUGUAAUCCUUAUUUUGACAGCUCACAGAGUAUUCAGGGUGACACCAGUUAGACAACACUGCACUCCCGGUGUACAUCUCAAAACAUGUCACACACCAAGAGCAUCCACUAGGCUUUAUAGAGUUGGAAAUUUCUGUACAUUGAGUUUCUAUUAAAUCUUAAACCUGAUUUUUCACCUUAACUGUUUACUGCCAAUUUGAAGUACAAUUGUAUAUGUAUAUGUUUGAAAAAUAAAUGGUUUGUGAUGUC